AUGGAACGUCUAACGGUAAGAAGUGAGGAGGAACCCGACGCUCGGAAACCACGCGCUUCGGUCAGAUGUUCCUUAGAAAAUGGGCGGCCGAGUUUCGUUUCUCUGCAGGUUCUUCAGUGCGACCAGACUCUUCAAGACAUACAAAACAACCUCACCAGUGCAGCAGAUUUGGACUUGUUGGCGUCCAGCGCUCAGAUUCUAACGUCCCAACCGGACAAACUGAAGGAAGAAGACAUAGAAACGGCCGCCCAGAUCGCCAACACCCUGCUGCUGUCGCCCAACGCAACGGAGACCGUCAGGGUGGCAGCCGUCGCCACCAUCAGCCAGCUGCUGGAGACUAAACCGCCGGAGGAACCGCAGGAAACGAGCACCACUCAGCAGCUGACCUUGACCUUGGACAAGCUCGCCUUGAACCUCAGCCUCAACACCAACGAGUCUCAGUCUCAGGUGGUUCAGCAGAACCUGGCGGUCCAGUCGGCCCAGAUCCGGACCGGGGACUCCCGGGGAGUCCAGUUCACCUCCUUCUCAGGAAGUACCGGCAACUUCGUGGCCGACCGGAUCCAGCUGAACACGAGCGCCGACGGGAUCAACGUCCAGCCCGGGUUCGUUCCUGAAGCGCUGGUUUACAUUCGAUUCCCAGAACCAGCUAGCCGUCUGAAUCCCACCAACGUGUCUCUGGGCUUCGUUCUGUAUAAAAGCGACCGGUUCUUCCGGUCCCAGCUCUACAGCAGAACCGGUCAGGAGAACCGGGCCUCCAUCAGGGUUCUGUCGGCCAGCGUCGUGGGUCGGGAACGGACCGUGGUUCCUCAACACGUGGAGCUGGAGUUCAGACCAGAGCUGAACGAUGCGUUUCUGCACGACUUCGCCUGCGUCUUCUGGGACUACAGCCUGCAGGACUGGAGCACGGCCGGCUGCUCCAAGGGAAACGCCUCCGACGGCGUCCUGCGCUGCUUCUGCAACCACACCACCAACUUCGCCGCUCUCUGGUCUUUCAGGACCAACUACACCUACGCAGUAGCCCUGGACAUUUUCUCCAAGGUGGGAUUGUCCUUCUCCAUCGCAGGGUUGGUGGUUUCCAUCAUUCACCACAUCAGAGAAAACUUCCUGAUUGGCCGUCGGCGUCAGACCAACAUCAACGCGCCGCUAGCGCUGCUCUGCAUCUACGUUAGCCUGCUAGCCUUCAUCGUCAUCUUCCUGGCCGGGGCCCGGAACCACCAGGACCCGGUCCGGACCGUUCCCAGCACCGAGAACCGGAUCCCGGCCCUGGACCUGCACGUGGACCCGGACAGCGGCGGCUGCACGGCGGUGGCGGCGCUGCUGCACUUCUUCCUGCUAGCCACCUUCGCCUGGAACGCUACGUACGCUACGCAGCUGGUUCUGCUGGUCCGGUCCAUGCGCCGCAGCCUGCCGCCAUAUUGGACCUCGCUGAGCCUGGGAGUGGGCUGGGGUCUCCCGGCCGUCGUCGUGGCGACCACGCUAGCGGUGACCUACCGGGUGGAGAAUCCCCUGAAUUACCGGCAGGAGGAGUUCUGCUGGCUCGCCGGUCUGGACCAGAACCAGAACUUCUCCUUCCAGAAGCCUCUGUUCUGGUCCUUCCUGGUCCCGGUGGGCCUGGUUCUGGUCUACAACACGGUCCUGCUGGUCCUGACGCUGAGAAGAACCUGCAGGAACGACCCGCGGCUGGCCAGCUCCAGCACGUCGUCCCCGUCCAAGAACGUCCUGCUCAGUCUGUCUCUGGGGGUUCUGCUGGGCCUGUCCUGGUCUCUGGGUUACCUGGUCCUGGUUUCUACCGGAGACGCCCACCACACCUUCAGCAUCCUGUUCUGCAUCUGCACCACCACUCAGGGUUUCCAGAUCUUCAUCCUCUUCACGGCCAGACGGCCGACUUUCAGAGCCGCCGUCCGGAGCUCCUUCCAGCUCCUCUCCUCCGUUAGCAUCCCGCUAAACCAGAGCAAGUACAACCUGUGGAGGAAAUGGAGCACGUCCAGGUCUGAGGAGACCUACAGGGACCUGAACCCCACCACCAGCUCCUUCUAG